AUGGCGCCUGAAGUUCGUGUUGGUGUAGGCGUGUUUGUCCUCUAUUCUUCGCAGGAAUCAUCGACCAACCCCCGCUUUGUGAUGGGCAAGCGCCUCAACUCUCAUGGAUCAGGGACAUACGCUCUUCCAGGGGGCCAUCUUGAAUUCGGGGAGACGCCAGAGGAUUGCGCCAUUCGAGAAGUGCUUGAAGAGACUGGCCUCGAAAUAUCGGAACCGAAAUUUCUGACCGCUACAAACGAUUACAUGCCCGCGGAGGGGAAACACUACAUAACUUUAUUCAUGGUAUGCGUCAGAAAGAACGAAGAACAAGUCCCGCAGGUACUUGAGCCUCACAAAUGUGAGAGCUGGGAUUGGGUCAGCUGGGAGGACCUGAAGUCUGCUACAGACGAGCAGAAUAAUGCCCGAGACAAUGAUGUGCUGGAGCGACCGCUUUUCCUCCCACUGCUGAACCUGGCACGACAGCGACCAGAGACUGUUCCUAGGAUUGAAUAA